GUUCGAUUUCGUCGGAUCAUCAUUGUUUUCGCGACUCUAAUUGCGACUGGACGUUUGCGCCGGAUACGAACUAACGGACAUUUUUCGUGGGGUUAGGUAACUGCGUGAUACUUUAAGUCAUUGGAAGAUUCGAUUGCAAUGAAAACAAGUUUCCGUUGAAGCUAGGGAAGCCUUUUCGAGCUGUUGAAAGUGAAUUAGGUCUCAACAGUUUGUAACCAUUUUUUAAUGUUAAGAUUCAAGCGUGAAAGUGUGCACCGAUAAGAUGAUUGUAUCAAAAUAUUGAUUGAAUGAUAACGGAAAACUGAGGAUAGCGUUAUACUCUAUGGAACCGCCUGAACCAAAGUGAGGAAGAAAUGUGCCGUUAGAUUAAAGGCUUGUAGGUGGCUGCUAGUUUCCGAUUAAGAUGGCGUACCGCUUUGAAAGCUGGUGGGCGUACGUUUUUAAAAUCGAUUGAAUCUACCGAUAACACGACGCGUGUCAAUAAAUUUGAUCGAAAGGCUAAGCUUCGGGAAAAAUAACAAAACAAGAAUUAAGAAAAACUAUCAACCGCUAGUAAUCUCCUAAGUCAUUCAGGACCAGGAAUGUCUAUUAGGAAACCAAAGACUGAGAAUGGAACUUGGGAAAAUCGUCUUUCCAUGUCUGUACUAUUACUGAUAUCUGCACUCGUGAGUAUCAAGUUGUGCGUUUUGGCUGAGGGUUUGCCUAAUCCGGCCAACAGUGACGUCCUAAGUUCUGUAGCCAAUCAUGAGAGCCAAGAUAAUGACGAAGUGCUUCGUGCCAAGCACAAACUGGAAGAAUAUUUCGGUCGAGUGCCUGGGAAAGAGUCGUCUACCAUCACAACACCAUCCACUGCUAAACCCGCGUCGAUAAGGUCGAAUCGGCACUCAGGAGCCGUUAACGCUAACCGAACGGCGUCGAAUGAGUUUUAUCAUCGAUUGGUAGGUUUGCGGACUCCUCCUCAGACAGGCGGUAAUUACAAUCUUUAUGAGCCCCUAGAUUGGGGUGCAGAUGGCGAAGAUGCAUUGUUGGAAGCAAUCCGAGAGGACAUACUCAAAACAAGAAUACAAACCAGUGGCGAACAAAAGGAUAACCUGGAGUGUAUCCUCGGCCAGGCACACAACUAUCUGGCCCACUGGCUCAAUAGAAAUGGAACGAUCAAUACGCAGAACAGAAGAUUGAGGAAAAAUUAUCUGGACCUGUCCAACAGUGGAUCCUUCAACAUUGGGCACGAAAUACGAAACUUUCUUAGGCCAAGUGUUUCACGGCAACUCGUAUUUCUGAGCCUGGCGUACAGUGGUCUGAAUAUGAUUCCCGCCUUCGAACUGUCGCUGGUCAACGACACUCUAUUGUUCUUUUCGUUAAUGGGCAAUGCACUUAACCCUCUGAACUUGCCCGCUCUGCACAAUUUGCGCGUAUUGGAUUUGAGGAAUUGUGGCCUCAGCAUUCUGAAUAUUAACGUUUUCAGUAAUACACCUAGUUUGGUAAAGCUGUUCUUAGCCCACAACAAUCUGUGCAGACUUAACGCGGGACAUUUCACAGGAUUGAGCCGGUUGCGGCACUUGGAUCUAUCAUACAUUGGCUCGAGUGUAGUUCCACGAUAUUCCACAGAUAUUCAAACCGAUCCAUACAGUUCGCUAACAGAAGGAUUGGAUUUGAGUGAGGACGUAUUCCUUCCAUUGACCAAUCUAUCGUUCUUGGACAUUUCGCAUACCAAACUACUGCCAAGUAGUUCCCGAGCAUUUCGCAAUGUCGCAGUUGAACAAUUGAGUCUGUGUUACACUGGGAUCGCCAUCAUUGUUGGAUCAAUGUUUAAUGGAGCGUUACAGGUGUUGGAUAUUUCUGGAAAUCCAGGCAUAACAACCGCGAUCCACCAUGAUAGUAACGGCUCUCGAGCUUUUAAUUUCAAUUUGGAGAUAUUGGUAUGCGAAAAUUCUACGGUGAAACAUCUGGACUGGCUGCAUCGAAUGGUCAGCUUGAAGGUGUUGCUGCUAUCUUCCAAUAACAUAAAUCAACUAAGGAACGACACGUUUGCUAACUUGGUAGACUUAGAAAUUUUAGAUCUCAGAAAUAAUCACGUGAGCAAUUGGCAUCAACGUGUAUUCGAGUAUAACGCAGAUCUUUUCAUACUCGAUCUGUCAGAUAACAAUAUCAAUGUUCUUACCACAGAGAUGCUGUACGACUUUGCAAGCGUUGAUUUUUUAGCAAUUGGGAACAAUAAUUUCGUUUGUCAUUGUUUAUUGAGAGAGUUUGUCGAGCUAGCAGCUCAAAACUCACAAAGUAUAUCAUGUUUGCUGAAUAUGAUGAUCAAUAAUUCUCAAAGUACCUCACCUGGGAUUCGAGGAGGCACUACUGAAAGCGGAAUCGAGAAUGAAAUGAACAUGGAGAUCGUCACUUCCAGUACGUCAGCCGAAUCUGAAGCAAAUACCAGCACAAUUGCAAAGUUGAAAGGUAAAAAGACGACAACUUUAGAUCCUACUGAGGAGUAUACUACCGAAGAGUAUACUACUGAAGAGUAUCUGACAACUCCAGCACAGCAUCUGCACAAAUCAUCUAACGAAUACGACGUACUGUUUCGGGUGGUACACAGCUACGUAUCCAGUAUUUACGAUAGCAGCAUGAAAUUCCAAAAAUCACUCGAGAAAUAUACCAAACAACCUGCGGUCCGAGUGUAUCGCAAAAAUAUCGAGGCACGUUUUCAAUCUGGACUGAUUCCGGUGAAUUGUAGCGGCUAUGCAACAGAAGACCCCGAUGAACAACAAUCAACAGGCCAAGAUGACUCCGAAACGAAUGACUUGGUUGGUCCUUUGAAUGGUCUGCACAUACAAAUUAUUGACUACGACGAGGAACGCUACAAGUGUAUCGACCUAGAGGAUGCCGAAUUCGACUUAUUCGAACAAGAACGCUGCACCCUGGAUCGCACAUUCCUGAACAACCUAGGCUUAGGAACCGGCUACAAUCCGACAACGGCCAAUAUAAUCAAAUUUUCGUUGAUAUUCUUUGGAUUUGCGCUUCUUGCAAUAAUUAUCUACAUCUCUAAGUGGGAACAUGUGAAAUAUUUUUGCAUAAUCGUCAAGAACGCUACCAUUUUGAGCAUGAUGCGACAAAAGAAUGAAUCCCUAUUGCGCAAGGAAAGUUUGAACACCGUUACAACUGGCUACAUGUACGAUGUGUUUGUCAGCUAUUCGGAGCAGGAUCGCCAAUGGGUUCUCGACGAGCUGCUACCUAAUGUGGAGAAAACCGAGGACAUCAGCGUAUGUUUGCACGAGCGGGAUUUCAAGGUCGGAAUAAGCAUUUUGGAAAACAUCAUUUCCAGCAUGGAUAAAUCGCGAGCCCUCCUACUGGUUAUAUCCGAGAGUUUCAUACUGAGUCAAUGGUGUCAGUUCGAGAUGCAUUUAGCGCAACAUAGAUUGCUGGAAACGAGAAGAGAGCAGCUCAUACUGGUGCUCUUGGAGGAUAUUCCCAGAAGCAAGCGCCCCAAAACGCUUCACUAUCUGAUGAAAACAAAAACCUACAUAAUAUGGCCAGGGGCUACCGGUGAUGAUAGUACAAAAAAAUCUAAACCUGGAAGCGAGACAACCAAGAAGCAGAAGAAAUUGGCGUCCCGGCGCGAGAAGGACGCACAGCUUUUGGCCGAAGAAAGGAAGCUUUUCUGGAAACGAUUGCGCAAGGCCAUCAACGACAGUGCCACUGCCUGGGAGCCGGAUACGGGCUGUAGAAGUCAUCAUGAUUCCGAGAAAAGAGAUGGUUGUGGUAGUAUGGAAAGUACGGCUUAGUAUUAAAAUAAUUGGUUGUUUAGAUUAAAAAAAUUGGAUUAAAAUACGUAUCAAGUAAAUAAACUGUGAUAUUUAA